GAGAGACCAGCGCCCCGACGUCUCCCUCCCGACAUGCGCGGUGCACGGGGAACCGGGAACCGGCCCGUGAACAGCUCCUCGUCCAGUCCGCGUCCCUCCGACAUCAGUGAGGCGGUUCUCACCCGGUCCCGGUCCCGGUCCCACGGAGCUAGACCCAAACGAUUCAAACACAAAGGAGAUCAGCGUCUCUCCGCGGGGGAACCACAAAGCCCGGACUGGCCCUCAGAGGGACUGGAGUUAGUUCGAGCACCUCGAGGCUGUUCUUCUUUUAGGCGUUGGGGCUCAGAACCGGGUCGGAACGCGACCCGUGGACCGACCCGAGUCCGGGGGACACUUUGAAGUUGUUACCCUCGCGUGUAAGAAACAAGCCGUUAUCUUUGAGGCUUCAGGUAACUUUUUAACCUCAACAUGCUGGUUUGACUCCACGGAGCUGCUGAACCAAGUAUUCAUGAUAAUAGCGAGGCUACCUAAUCCCACAGGAGCAGCAGGGCCGCAAACGCACCACCAUAAAGAUGGCAGCGUCUUUAGGCGGGAAGCUGCCGGCUCUGAGUCACGACUCAAAGAGGAAGGCACGGAAACAGGGCGGGUUUGUCCGUGUGAGGAAGAGUGAUCUGGAGAAGCUGACCACAGAGGUCAUGCAGCUCAGGGACUUCCUGCCCAGAGUCCUGAACGGAGACCUGAUCCACAUGCUGCACACAGCCAGAGCUGCUCACACAGUGAAGGAGCAGCAUGCUCAGGAACAGGAUCAGUUGCAUCAGGAGUGUCUUCACCUCCAGUCCAGACUGGAUGCAGCGCAGAGCGAGUGUCAGAAAGAGAGAGAGGAGAAGCUGCUGCUGCGGGAGCAGCUGUGGCAGAGUGCAGCAGACAUGCAGCAGCAGGCGAACUUCUGCGCUGGUCUGGGAUCAGCGGCCGGAGGUCUGCUGUGGAGCUGCUCGGCCAAUGAGGACACAGUGUCACGCUGGCUGGCUGACGGGAAGCUGCAGUCCUUCCUGCUCGUAGCCUCUCAGACUCUGGAGAGCUUCGUCAUGUCUCUGGAUGAGGAGCUGAAGACUCAGACUGAGGACUACAACUCCCAUGAGCACCAGUUUGUUCUGGCUGUGGCUGGAACCAUCACCAACGUCGCAGCGGUGGCCUGUGGGCGGGACUUCCUGUCCUUCUCGGCCCACGUCCUGCUGGACACGCUGAUGAGGCUUUUGGAGCUGCUGACGCCCGGCGUCUUCCCCAAGCUGAAGGUGUUGAUGCUGAUGGCUCUGUACAACGUCAGCAUCAGUGUUAAAGGACUCAAGUGCAUCAGUGAGAACCCGGGACUCCUGGCUCUCAUCCGGACUCUGCUGGACGAUGGAGACUGGGAGGUGUGUCUCCACUCUCUGCGUCUCCUGCAGUCGGUGUUGUUGGAGGAGGAGGUGCUGCUCCUGCUGGGCUCUUCUCUGCUAGAUCCAGACCUGCAGGCUCAGAUCAGCCGGCUCACCUCCAGCAGGCAGCCCAGCCUGAGACUGGCAGCCCAGCAGACCCUGGAGGACCUGCUGGCCCUCCAACAGGUGCCCCAGGGUCCACAGAGUGUCUGAUCCAUGUUGCCGUACAGCUGUGCUCAUCGAGUUCAACACGUUUGUUGUUGUUGCUGUUGUUGCUGUUGUUGCUGUUGUUGCUGUUGUUGCUGCUGUUGCUGCUUCUGACUUAAUGUGAUUUUUACGAGACGCAUUAAAGAAGGUUUAAAGAUGA